AGACGGAGUCUUUCCUGUUUACCUAGCAUGGUCUCACAAAUGAUGACGUUUCGCCUACCAGCGUGACGUAAUUUGUAAGGGACAAACAAGCGACAAUGGGUCAAAACCAAAGUGGCGGACAUGGUCCCGGCGGGGGAAAGAAAGAUGACAAGGAAAAAAAGAAGAAAUAUGAGCCCCCAAUUCCCACAAGAGUCGGGAAAAAGAAGAAGAAGACAAAGGGACCAGAUGCCGCCAGCAAACUGCCUUUAGUGACCCCUCACACCCAGUGCCGACUCAAGCUGCUGAAGCAGGAGCGGAUAAAGGACUACCUGCUGAUGGAGGAAGAGUUCAUCAGGAACCAGGAGCAGAUGAAGCCACUGGAGGAGAAACAGGAGGAGGAGAGGUCGAAGGUGGAUGACCUGAGGGGGACCCCCAUGUCUGUCGGCAACCUUGAGGAGAUCAUUGAUGACAACCAUGCCAUCGUGUCCACGUCUGUGGGCUCGGAACAUUACGUCAGCAUUCUGUCAUUCGUGGAUAAGGACCUGUUGGAGCCUGGCUGCUCCGUGCUUCUCAAUCACAAGGUGCAUGCAGUAAUUGGUGUCCUGAUGGACGACACAGACCCCCUGGUGACAGUGAUGAAGGUGGAGAAGGCUCCACAGGAGACAUACGCUGACAUCGGUGGACUGGACAGCCAGAUUCAGGAGAUCAAGGAAUCCGUAGAGCUACCUCUCACACACCCAGAGUAUUAUGAGGAGAUGGGCAUCAAGCCACCCAAAGGAGUCAUCCUGUAUGGGCCACCAGGCACAGGCAAGACGCUGCUGGCUAAAGCCGUGGCCAACCAGACCUCUGCCACAUUCCUGCGUGUCGUCGGGUCAGAGCUCAUCCAGAAGUACCUGGGCGACGGGCCUAAGCUGGUCCGAGAGCUCUUCAGAGUGGCAGAAGAGCACGCGCCCUCCAUCGUCUUCAUUGAUGAGAUCGACGCCAUCGGAACAAAGAGGUAUGACUCUAACUCGGGUGGUGAGCGGGAGAUCCAGAGGACUAUGUUAGAGCUUUUGAACCAGUUGGAUGGAUUUGACUCUAGAGGUGACGUGAAGGUCAUUAUGGCCACCAACAGAAUCGAGACUCUGGACCCAGCCCUGAUCCGACCAGGUCGAAUUGAUCGUAAAAUCGAGUUUCCUCUUCCGGAUGAGAAAACUAAGCGCCGCAUCUUCCAGAUCCACACCAGCCGCAUGACAGUUGCGGAUGACGUGACCUUAGAUGACCUCAUCCUGGCCAAGGAUGACCUUUCGGGAGCAGACAUAAAGGCCAUUUGUACGGAAGCAGGGCUGAUGGCAUUGAGGGAAAGGAGGAUGAAGGUGACGAACGAGGACUUCAAGAAGUCCAAAGAGAAUGUGCUGUACAAGAAGCAGGAGGGCACACCAGAGGGACUUUACCUAUGAGUCCUCCUUCAACAGUCUAUUUUUUUUUUUGUACGUGUUACUUUGAGUAUUAGCCAUGAAAUCUUUACAGCUGUUUGCCAGUCAUUUCUCCAAACUAUAAAUAAAAACUUGAACUCUGAAA